GGGGAGGUCUGUGAGAUAUAGCUCGCUGCCCGUGGUUGAUGGGAAUGUACCCGAUUGUUGAAUAUCUGGUUGUAUAAAGAGACUCAACCCUGUCACUGUGGUAUGUGGUGUGCUACAUCCAAGUCCCUCAUUUUUGCCCGCAAGUGCUGGAAACUGCUGCAUCAGCCAUUCUCUUAUUUGAUUAUACCAAUCACGUUCUUUAAAAUGCGCUUUCCGACUCUUUAUAUCAUUGGUUCACUCGCUAGUACCGCCGCCUCUAUGAGCCUGGGUAUGUUCUGCCUCUCCAAGGGUUACACUUGUCGGAACCAAAUUUGGCAAUGUUCAGAGGGUUCCCCCACAGUAGGGAUGGUAAAGACGUGCUCCAAAGGGACCACUUGUUCUAUCAUGUAUGGUCUGGCAGUAUGUGCCGAGAUAAGUCCGAUUUACUGAAAAGAGUAUUCAGAUGACUGCAGAUUAUGGCUAAGGCAGGCCUUAGCCUACACAUGUCGAUGCACUCUAUGAAGCUCAAUGGUUUUUCGAGAUAACGGCCUC